AUGAAUGCUCAUUAGCAUCCCUCCCCUACCUAUCCCGGACUGGGCACGGAGACCCUGCCGCCGCCAUCGUGUGCGCGCACGUCCUCUACGGUACUGCGCUGACGUCAUUACGCCAGUGAGCUCGAAAAUGUUUAGGAGUGUUGAGCGAGCUCGGCGCUUCGGCGGAUUUUCUAAGGAGGAAAAAAUCAAAAUAAACCCGCGAUAAACUGUUGCGGGAAAAAAAAAGCGAAAACCUGUUAAUUGUGUUUUCCUACUGUUCUGUUUCGUGUCGAAGUUUGAAUCUUAGGUUCAGCCCUAAGUGAAAGUUAGGCGGUUGUAAUUCUUUUUUUCCCGGAGUGAUGUCGAAUCCUGGCACUCGAAGAAACGGGUCGAGCAUCAAAAUCCGUCUGACAGUAUUAUGUGCCAAGAACCUGGCAAAGAAGGAUUUCUUCAGGUUACCUGACCCUUUUGCCAAAAUAGUAGUAGAUGGAUCAGGUCAGUGCCAUUCGACAGACACAGUGAAGAGCACAUUGGACCCAAAGUGGAACCAGCACUAUGAUCUAUAUAUUGGAAAAACAGACUCGAUCACGAUCAGUGUGUGGAACCACAAGAAAAUCCACAAGAAACAGGGAGCUGGCUUCCUGGGCUGUGUGAGACUCUUAUCAAAUGCGAUCAGCAGGCUAAAGGACACUGGCUAUCAGCGUUUGGAUCUAUGCAAACUAAACCCCACUGACAGCGAUGCAGUACGUGGCCAAAUAGUAGUAAGUUUACAGACUCGAGACCGGAUAGGCACUGGAGGACCUGUUGUGGACUGUAGAGGACUUUUAGAAAAUGAAGGCCCAGUUUUUGAAGACUCGGGGCCCGGAAGGCCGCUCAGCUGUUUCAUGGAGGAGCCGUUACCAUAUACAGACAGCACUGGAGCCGCAGGGGGAGGGAACUGUCGCUUCCUGGAAUCGCCCAAUCAGGAGCAGAGGCUUCAGGCACAGCGCCUCCGAAAUCAAGACGCCAGAGGUCACACACACACUCCUCAGAACCGGCCACACGGGAGCCAAUCCCCCGAACUGCCUGAGGGUUACGAACAAAGGACGACAGUACAGGGGCAGGUGUACUUUCUACAUACGCAGACUGGAGUCAGUACCUGGCACGACCCAAGAAUACCAAGGGUUAAUAACGGUUUGCAAUGGUAUUUCCGCAGGGACCUCAACAGUGUCAGCUGCGAAGAUUUAGGUCCUCUGCCUCCAGGGUGGGAGGUCAGAAGUACAGUAUCGGGAAGGAUAUAUUUUGUGGACCACAAUAACAGAACGACACAAUUCACAGACCCAAGAUUGCACCACAUAAUGAGUCAGCAUUCUCAGGUCAAGGAAUCAGGCCAGCAGCUACCUGUGCAGACUGAGGUUCCUCCAGAGGAUGGAGAAGCAGAGCUCCCAGUACGCUAUGAGAGGGACUUGGUGCAGAAGCUGAAAUUGCUAAGGCAUGAGCUCUCAUUGCAGCAGCCACAAGCCGGCCACUGUCGCAUUGAGGUAUCCAGGGAGGAGAUUUUUGAGGAGUCGUACAGACAGAUCAUGAAGAUGCGGCCCAAAGACCUGAAGAAAAGGCUGAUGGUAAAAUUCCGGGGAGAAGAAGGACUGGACUAUGGUGGGGUGGCAAGGGAGUGGUUGUAUCUCCUGUGUCAUGAAAUGCUAAAUCCAUAUUAUGGACUGUUCCAGUAUUCCACGGAUAACAUUUACACGCUGCAAAUAAAUCCAGACUCCUCAAUUAAUCCGGAUCACUUGUCUUAUUUUCACUUUGUUGGGCGGAUAAUGGGCCUUGCUGUUUUCCACGGACACUACAUUAACGGAGGUUUUACACUGCCUUUCUAUAAGCAGCUGCUGGGAAAACCCAUACAGCUGUCCGACCUGGAAACUGUGGAUCCGGAGUUACACAAAAGCUUAGUGUGGAUCCUUGAGAAUGACAUCACCCCAGUACUGGAUCAUACCUUUUGUGUAGAGCAUAAUGCAUUUGGUAAAUUUCUCCAACAUGAACUCAAACCAAACGGUAGAAACAUUCCAGUAAUGGAAGAGAACAAGAAGGAAUAUGUAAGGUUGUACGUGAACUGGAGGUUUAUGAGAGGGAUUGAGGCUCAGUUUCUAGCCUUGCAAAAAGGAUUUAACGAGUUGAUUCCACAGCAUUUGUUAAAGCCUUUUGAUCACAAGGAACUAGAGCUAAUCAUUGGAGGCCUGGGUAAGCUAGACCUCAACGACUGGAAGGCCAAUACCCGGCUGAAGCACUGUGUGGCUGACAGCAACAUGGUCAAGUGGUUCUGGCAGGCAGUGGAAUCGUUUGAUGAGGAGAGGAGAGGGAGGCUUCUGCAGUUCGUUACAGGCUCCACCCGCGUCCCACUGCAGGGGUUCAAAGCACUGCAAGGUUCUACAGGUUCUGCAGGACCCAGACUCUUCACUAUCCAUCUGAUUGAUGCCAACACAGAUAACCUGCCUAAAGCCCACACUUGCUUUAAUCGGAUUGACAUUCCGCCGUACGAAACGUAUGAAAAGCUGUAUGAGAAACUUGUGACUGCCGUGGAGGAGACCUGUGGGUUUGCCGUGGAGUGAAGAGACCAACACGUGCUGCUUGAGCAGUAACCAAAACUAGAAGAGGAAAGGCCUGUGAGCUUCCUGCUGAGCACUGUGUAGUGAGACGACAGUGAAAGUUACGCCUGGGGUAGAAACCAGCACCCGAUGACACAGAGCAGCUCUCCUGAGGGAUAAAAUAAUCUCUGUGGAUGGCUACAAAUUAAAACACUUUCUAGGAAGAGGGUUGUUGGGUUUUUUUAUUUAUUUUUUAUUUCCUUCCUCUUCUUGGUGUGGUUUUAGGCUGCUUUAAGAUGGAAGGUUUAACUAAUAAGGUUUUGGUUCUGAAAGUUGAUCAAUGUGGAUUAGGUUAUGGAAAUCUUGGUUUCUUGUCCUUAAACAUUUAUACUAAUUUGGGCUGCUAAACUGCAUUAAUUGCAUAACAGAACCACACACUUUUUAUCUGUUUAAAAAAAAAAAGAAUCUAAUUUUAGGUCCUAAAAAAAAAAAGACUUUAUUUUGUCUGAAUAUGGAUUAGUAUCUAUUCAUUAAUGCUUUAAAACUUUAUAUAUAACCAUAAUCAAUCAAUCUAUCUAAUGACUGGAUUUCAAGUUUUCAUUUUGGGUUGAUGACCAGAUAUCCAUUUCCUGUCUUUUCAAUUUCUUCUGUUGAUUACCAUUGUAACGUGCAUUGAUUUGGUUCUGUGAACUCUAUUUAAAAAAAAAAAAAAAAAAAAAAAAUGAAUAUACUAGGUAUGAAAUAAUCUGGUACAGGAUGAUACAGGCCUGCAUGGACUUCCUCAUUGACCUACUUUCAAAACAAGUUUUGACAGGCCAAAUUGUAUUGCGGCUAACUUGUGUACUUACGGGGGGAAGAAUAUCACACACUAAACUACUCUAGCGUUUUUCGUCAAACAAUGUGCACCUUUGCCGGAAUCUCGCAGUUUUAAAUCCAGUAGGAAACGGCAGUUUUUUAAAAUUUUGUAAAUAGACGUUUUUGUUUUAUUUCCCAAGAUUUUAUGCUUGUAACUUUAUAUGACGAUUUGCACAUAGGAAAAGUCCUAGUCCCCAUUUGACUUUUUUUUAAAAAUACAUUAUUUAUAUACUUUCUCAGUAAGUUGUACCAUAAGAAGAGAAAUAAUGCACGAUCAGGAUGUUAUGACAGGUAACAGUUGUUUAUGUAAGAGAUAUGAAUGAAUACAGAUCCAUAAUUUUAAAAAAAUAAUUAUAAUUAGUUAAUUCUGUGUUGCUCUUAAUUAAUUUUUAAAGAAAAACAGGUUCAAAUAAAGGAGAGUGAAAGUGCAGCUACUGAAUAUACUGAAAGGAGAAAAGAUUUACACAUUUUAAAAGCUGUCUGGCCUUAUAAUAUUUUAUAGAGCGAAUCAUAGCAGGUUUGAGGAUGAGAGUACUGAGUGGUAGACAGUGGCAGAAAGUGUGUUUUUAUUUAUAUAUUUAAAAAAUUAAAUGGCCGUUACUAACUCUAAUCCAAGCAUUUAAAUGGUAGGUGUUAAGUAAUGUUUCUACACAAUAAAGUGACUAAAGACCUUUGUGCUUGGUCGGUUUUCUGACCUAAAGUGAAGAUCUAUAAAGGACAUAGCAGUACCUCAGUUAAUAUUUGUUACUGUUGAUAGUGUAGGUGUUUUAUUUUUGUAUUUUCUAUUUGCACAAAAAAGAAAGGGGACAGUAUUUUAAAACCGAGUGGAAUCUGAAGUGUCAUGAUGUGUUUAUAUUCGUACAUUUCCACUUGGCAUGUGUAGCAUUUUGUUUUUUAAAUCUCUAAACCAUUUCACUACAGCUCUGUUAGAUAAUAUUACUUUAAGUUCAGGUUCAAAACAAACUGCUAUGGUAUUUAUGCCAUUGGUGUGAUUGUAGAAGCGAUCAACACUGAGCACAGGUCUCCUACUCUUAGUCCCUGUAAGAUGCAUGACAUUGUGUUAAAUCCCUGAAAUGCAUGAAGCACACAUCACCCACUAUUAAGAUUAAACAUUUAUGCGUCUUUUUUUUGUACAACUCCUGAGUGGCAAAACUUGGCAAUAAAAUUAGGCAAAUGUUUUGGUGAGACAUUUGUCCUUGUGAACGGAGUGCACGUUGACAAAUCAUUUUUGUCACAGUAUAUCUUGAUGUAAGAUUACAUAUUUGUUUUAGUACAAGAACUUUAAUUGCACCACCACCCUCUAAAAAAGAAAUACCAUUAAUAUAUUAAGAUAUAUCGGUCAAUUUGGUAUUUCAAUCUGAUGGAUAGGGAGAACGUACUAAAGGAGGCCUAAGAUUAAUACACAGUGCUUGAAUUGCAUGGCACCAUGUUCUUAUCAAACAAAGAAUUGAGCCAACUUCUCUUAAGUGUUCCUCAACCACUUGAUGUAUUUUUUUUUUGAAUAAUUAUUUAUUACUCUGUAAUGUCCUUUUAAGUAUUGCUGCUAUAUUGUUGUUAUUCCCAUCUCUUUUUGAAAGCUGAUUUAUUAUUUGUGAAAGCUGUACACUAAUCUCUUUAUUUUAUGUAUAAAUGAAAGUAUUUAAAUACUGCUGCUAUUAUUAAACUAGGUAAUGAUAGAAGAACGGUUGUAAUUAGCAGUGAUUCAGGCUAGACCCCGGCGGUCACAUUCAUGUUUGUGAUAUAUGCAAUAAAAAUUGACAACUUUA